UAGUGAAGGGCGAGAAAUGUCGUUUAUCAAACGCAGGUAGUUCGUGCGCUCCUUAAAGCGGUUCCAGUGUAAAAAGCCACAGUGAAUAACGAGCUCUUGAUUUUUUUUUCCAUCCAUGAUCGCCUCAUCGAGCUAGCAGUCAGUGUGGCCCCUGUCGUUUAGCUGUCCGUUUUGCGCCACACACUUCGAACGAACCCAACACAAAAUCUUCAAAUAUGCAAGUUUUGCACAGUCAAUGCUGUAUUAAUUUUCACUCCGACGUGUGCUCCACCACGACACCUCGUAUUGCGUAAACAACGAAUCGUUGAAACCCGCAGUUGAGUGUCCGGCUGUGUCAGGAUGUUUGUUUUGGAAUGCUAAAUAGUUUUUGUAAACUGUUACAAACCAAAUACUUUGCCCCUUCCUACAACAUUGCUAUAGAAUAAGUGCUUUUUUUGUCCCAUAUCACAUAGCAUGCCCUAACACCUGAAAAAGGAAGUGCUCCGUGCCAGGAUGUCUGUGUCGGUGAUAAUAAAGUGGGGCGGACAGGAGUACUCCAUCAGCACCUUGUCUGAGGAGGACACUGUUCUGGACCUCAAGCAGUCCAUCAAGACCCUGACGGGGGUCCUGCCCGAGCGCCAGAAGCUCCUGGGACUCAAAGUCAAAGGUAAACCAGCAGAGGAUGACAUCAAGCUUGGUACCCUGAAGCUAAAGCCCAACACUAAGAUUAUGAUGAUGGGCAGCAAGGAGGAGAGCCUGGAAGAUGUCUUGUCUCCUCCUCCUGAAAAUGAUGAUGUCAUCAAUGAUUUUGACAUUGAGGAAGAAGUCAUAGAAGUAGAAAACAGAGAAGAAAACUUGGCAAAGAUCGCCAGGCGAGUCAAGGAGUACAAGGUGGAAGAAUUAAACCCUCCCAGAGAGGGGAAGAGGCUUCUGGUGCUGGAUGUGGACUACACAUUGUUUGACCAUAAAUCAUGUGCAGAGACAGGACAGGAGCUCAUGAGGCCCUUCCUGCAUGAGUUCCUCACCUCUGCAUAUGAGGACUACGACAUCGUCAUCUGGUCUGCUACAAGUAUGAAGUGGAUUGACGCAAAAAUGAAAGAGCUCGGUGUGACCGACAACCCCAACUAUAAAAUCACCUUCAUGCUGGACAGUGCAGCCAUGAUCACUGUGCACACCCCAAAGAGAGGGGUUGUGGAGGUGAAACCUCUUGGGGUUAUAUGGGGAAAAUAUAGUGCAUUUUACAACAAGAAAAACACCAUCAUGUUUGAUGACAUUGGUCGGAACUUUCUCAUGAACCCACAGAAUGGGUUAAAGAUACGACCUUUCAUGAAAGCACACUUGAACCGUGAGAAAGACAAGGAGCUUUUUAAACUGUCCCAGUACCUUAAGGAAAUAGCAAAACUAGAGGAUUUCUCUGGCCUCAACCACAAACACUGGGAACGGUACCUCUCAAAGAAGCAGAACCAGUAGGACGGGGUCGUUGGGUGAUGACACACAACAGUGGUGGACACAGGAGCCCACGCCAAAUGAAUGCUGCUGGUUAACACUGGGUUCCUUCCUUUCCUGCCUGCUUUUUUUUCUCUCACUCUCUGUCCUACCUCUCCUUGCAGGCCUCUCUCAAAUAUCUGCACAAAUAUGUGCCCACUCCCUGUCUGCUUACCUCACACACAUACACACACUAGUAAGCUCUGGCCACCAUCUGGCCUUCUUUUCAUCUCUGCACCGAGGGAGCGAGGAUUGUGUCUUGAAGGAAAUUACGCGACCACCUCAGCAUCUUAGUGUUCAUCGCUGUUUAGUGUGGCAUGCUGCGCACAGUCAAGAAUGUAAAGACUUCUUAUUUGUAGUCUUUUUUGUGUCAUGGUUUUUUGUGUUGCUCUUUGGAUUUAGUUCCUCAGAUAGAUCAAGCUGGUGAAGCUUUUUGGUGUUUGUGCCAGAGGUGCACAGCAUUGCAUUUGGUAUUUUGUGGUUUACAGUGGAUUUGAAAACUGCUUUAUAGCCGGUGGAGUAAUGUGCUCUCCGCAGGGUGUCUGCGAUAUCCCUGCUUUGUUCACUUGCUUCGAGAUUUGUCGAGUACAUAUUCUGUGAAUGCUUCGAGAGAGAGAUCUCUCACGGGCAGUUUCAUGGGAUGUAAACACUGGCUCUGAAAACCAAAUACAUUUUUGAAUUUCUCAGUUUGGGCCAUGAGAUUUUGUCACCUGAAAAUGAUUUAUUGUAAUUCAUAGUGCUUAGGACCAGAAGUGAAUACAAGAAGUGCUGUUUAUUGUUCUUUAGAUCUCAUUAAAUAUGGUGGCUUCUCUGCCCACUGGUGAGCUAUUUGUUUGGUGAGAGACUUACGUAUGCAGUUAUGUUUUUGUUACACCAAACUACUCUUUUCCAUUCAUUAGCAUAAGUGAGAAGUCUUUAGUACCAACCUUUACUGUUGAGUUAUGCAAUAUUUUAAAGAAAAUAUUUCAAAUUUUGAAAUAUAGGAUUGGGAAUAUAUUAAAUUAUUUGACAUACAAAUAAUUAAGCAAAAUUUACUGUGCAGCUUAAAGGCAAGCCACAACAUGUAAUAUGAAAUAUAGGUUGGACCUCAGAUUAGAUUUUUUUGAAUUAGUUUGUACAGUAGUAAAACUAGAAGUUGCUUAUUCUGAAUUACUUGAGUGAAAAUAUCAAUCUGUUUCAAUGGGCAAAAAUCUUUAAAUUGCUUUGGAUGAAAGCAUCAGAUAAGUAACUACUUUGAGUGCUUAGCUAGUUAGUAGUAUCGGGGUGUUACUACUUGGAUGAGGGUUAGGGUUAGCUGUUGUAAUCCAUAGUAGGGGACUGAUGGAGUGGAGGCCAACACAUCAGCAUCCCUGGUGACAUUAUAGUGUCACUGCAAAUAAUUCUUCAUAAGCACUAAAAGCUGAAAGUCUAAAUCUCUGAUUAAGUACUGCAGACUAAUGUUAUGUCUUGUUAUAUCUUUCAGGAUUCAUAAGACUGAUGAGAUACAGAAAUGUUCUAAAUUGUAUGAUUUGGAACUCAAAGUAUUAGCUUUACUCAGAGUGCAGGUGAAAAACCUUAAUUAUUUGUAUUUAGAUUUGAUUUUUCUCUACACUGCAAAAAUAUUUUGUAAAGAAAUAACUAGAGUGAUCUCUUUUUUUAAUUGAUUUUAAUCAGGACUAUGUGUUCCAACAAAUCCAAAUAAGUGUUUUAAGUGAACAUUUCUUUAGAAAUAUUGAACAUUCAAACAAUUAAUGUAGCUUUUGCUUGCCAAGUUUCCCCUUCUGAAAGUUUGUUUGAAGUUGUAAUGCAGCAUUCUGGCAAUGUUGCUCAUUCUUUUGCCAGCCAGGCUAUUUCUAAAAUGUAUGUAUUAAAUGUAUGUAUGUGUAUAUAUUGUGCAAGCUCAUCAAGCGGUUUACAUAAGUAUAGAAAAGACAUCACUUAACUGUCAAUUGUUUUUAUUUUAACUGCAAAGGUCAGAAACAGAGAAAAUAUGAUCACUUGUUGAAAGAGAAAGGGUUACAGCUUGACAAGGCAGAAAUUAUUCACAAGACAAGACAUUUCUGUUUCGAACAUCAGUCUUAGAAGGUGUAGCCUUAACAUUCACAUUUUGGCGCAUGUGGACUAGACUGCACUUUUUUAGUUUCUAAACAUAUAUUCACAUCAAAGAAGUCGGUAAAGUACUAUUUAACACUAACAUUCAGUAAGAUGGUGUAGAAGAGCAGAUGCCAGAAUUGAUCAGCUGCAGUGGAACAGUCCUCCAUGUCGGUGCUCUGACUGGGGGCGGAGGUGAAUUAAAACCAUUCCUUUUUAUGUAUCAAAGAUUGUGUGUGUGUGUCUCCCCAUCAUGUAGAACAAACAAUGCAUUGUCUGCUGAAGCACUGUAUUCCCACUUGGCACUGGGAUUGAGUCUGAGUCAUCAAAAAAAUUCAACACUCAGCAGCAGCUGAGGAGGAAAAAUGAAUCAGUCUUAUCAAAGAGUAUAGCAUCAAGUUUCAGGUUGUAGGUUUUAUCAUGGGUUUUUACAUUGGACGAUCAUCCGAGUGUGUGUGACAGUUGAAAUGCACUGGCUUUGCAUUGCGUAAUUAAAUUCAUUUACGUUCCAAUCAUUUGCUGAGCGUUGCUUAGAUAUUUUAGCUCACGGUGUCCAGUGAGGGCUGCAGCAUCUGCACAACUUAGUUUGUUGCUGAGUUGCUUAAUUAAAUUCAUUGUUUGGACAGAAAAUGACAUAAUGAGGUCUUCCAGGUAGAAAUGGGCUGCUGCCGGGAAAGGGAUCCUGAUUAGCGAAUGGGCCACACCUGAAAAAGGAGCUGACUCUUAACUAUAUCAAAUGAUUUAUUUAAUAAAAUCAGCAGAGUUGUGGUAAACGGCAAAAAGUCAUAAACCGGGUUUAUUCCACUUCAGAUAAGGACCAACUCCAGGAGCCUGUUGUUCUAGCCCAGAAUUGAAGGCCCUUAAUCCUUAUUGCCUGUAAUUUAUCUACCUGUGGAUUUCCUGUUUUGAGUGGUAUAGGGGGAGAUGGACAGCCUGCCCAUCAGCCCUCCAGGACCAGAGUUGCCCUAGCGUUGGUCCUGGCACCUUAUAGGUUAAGACUGGAGACCCCUCUUUUAAGGUCAGCAGUGUCUUUAGAUGUUUUUCUUCCUUUGUUGGUUGAUUUACUUGCAGACCUCUUCUGUCUGGGGGUUGAAUUUGCAAGGAGUAUUCAAUUUAAUUUAUUUUUAUAGAGUGUUCUCACAUACUGACAGAUUCCUUAACCGCCUCUUUUUGUAAACCUUUCUGGGAAGAAUUGUUUGGGGUGAUGAAGUUGUGUGGAAUGUAGGAUGUGCUCUUGUGUUGAAGUUUUAUGCUUCAGCAAUUAAGGAAUUUAGAUUGUAACCUACAUUGAAAAGGUACUACUAGUAUUGACUACCGUAAGGCUAGACUGCAGCAUAAGGUGUGUAUAAAUAAGUUAGGAAGUGUUUAUAAAUAAUACAUUAUUUCCCAGCAAAAAGGUUCAGUAUUAAAGAAAUGGCAACAGCAACUUUUUUCCUGCUCAUAUUUUGCAGCGUUACCCUUAAAGAUGUGAUUCUCCUUUCAAUGUGUUUGUUAAAUUGGACAAAUUCAAAUUUAAACAUACUGUUAUUGUUUCUCUUAGGAACAUUUGCCCAUAUUCCAUACUGUAUGUCAUUUUAUUUGACAGAGAAGACGGUUUGUUAAGAUGCUGUUUGGUUGGUCUGCUAUUCUAAAGCAGCUCCGGCAAAGUUUGACUAACACUGACAUCAGACGAGACCAACGCAGAAAUAUCCAGCUGCUUCAUCUAGUUCUUUCCAGAAUGUUCAUCUGUUACCUGUCAGUUUCGUACAAACAUUAUUGCCUCAGCGCUGCACACUGAGAACAUAUCUUAAAUGUAAAUAAAUACAUGAAUUGUUUUAUAAAACCUGCUUGUAUUUUUACGUUUACUGCACUUAGUUCUUGUUUCAUUGUAAAAAGUAGUUUGCCACAUUAGAGCUAUUGUUUUGUUACUUAA